AUGAUAUGGGGUAAAAUUGGUUAUCAACGUGGUAAAAUUGAAUAUACACUGUCACCCUAUCAACAAAAUCCUUAUGCUGGAGUAGGUGGUGACGUUUCAUAUCGAUAUUAUACGCGUUUAUUCAAAACAAUAGCCAUAUAUUGGCUUCCCAACAUAGCAUGGGGAGUAGCUCUUUACAAUUGGGCAAAUUGGGAAUAUGAACGCUCAAUACGAAAGAAACCGGGAGAAUUUGACAAUGAAAAACCACCAGAAGAACAAGAAGAUGGGGAAGAAGCAACGUCAGCGGCAAAUGAAGAUGAAGAAAACAGUGAAGAUGGUGAUGACAAAGAUACUGAUAAUAAAUGA